CUCUUCAAAAUAGUCACCAUGUUACUUGGAAGCAUAGAAUGGUAGACUAACAUUAAAUAGCGAACUUGACUAGCUUGCCUACGUUCCACUAAUACAUAGUACUGUGUACAAUGCCAUGCUUCGUAACACCAAGCUGUCCAAUCUUACUCACUCCAAAUAUGCUUUCAUAUACAAACGUGUUGGACUACUUCUCUCAUGAAGAACGCGUUGAAUCCCCACAGACGUCAUGAUAGAGGGUAAUGCAUCUGCUGAGUCAUGUCCUCCUCUCAUUUCCGAUCCAUGGUCGCCAUGCGCAAACCAUAGUCUCGGGUUCCCCACACACCGGAAGGUAGAGCGACGGCUCCUCAUGGUUUUUUGAACUUGGAUAUUUUUGGACACAAAAGUCCUCAACCGCAAUUUUCUUUCUCUUGCAUCGUUCGUCGCUGGCAUGCUCGCGCCUUGCUUCCGCAUGCGCAGUAGACCCCUCCUCCAGCACCAACUAUCACAAGCCUGGAGACCAGCACUCCGAACGCCAACGAGACUACCCGCAGUACCUGCUUUCCCACCACCAAGUUCGAGAUGCUAUUCCAAAAAAGCGUCCAAAGCGCAAACGGGCGCUGGCACGACGACGCCCGUUCCUGACAACGCGAAGCCGCCCAAGUCCAAGUUGCCUUUCUACUUUGAGGCUGGAUAUGCGCUUUUCGCAAAGAGGCCUUCACGGCCGUUUCCUCCGCCGUUCUUGUCGUUGCCUUCAACGAGUUUCUCUGAGCCCCUAAGUACACAUAACAAGAGUAGGGAUCGUCGACCGACUGUAAAUGGGGAGAUGAUAAGAGGGGUUACAAACGGGGACGAUGCGGUGCUAGUCAGUGAGAGCUUCAUUGCAGCAAACGACGGUGUGGGAGCAUGGGCGACGAGAGAAAAGGGACAUGCCGCUUUGUGGUCCCGUCUCAUCGCCCAUUUCUGGUCCCUUGAAAUCGAGGGCGCAUCCUACUCCUCCACCUCGCCUCCAAAUCCCGUCACGUACCUCCAGACCGCAUACGAGCUUACCAAGCAAGCCACCUCCUCGCCCAACGAAUGGCACGGCACAACUACUGCCUGCGGAGCGCUUCUCGGAGCGGACAACGAACAACCGGACCACCCCUUGCUCUACGUGACGCAAUUAGGCGAUUCCCAAAUCCUCGUCAUACGACCAAGUAGCAAGGAAGUCAUCUACAAAACGCAGGAGCAAUGGCACUGGUUUGACUGUCCACGGCAAUUGGGUACGAAUAGUCCAGAUACACCAGACAACAAUGCGGUCAUGGAUUGUGUGGAGAUCCGGGAAGAAGACGUCGUACUGGCGCUGACGGAUGGCGUAGUAGACAAUUUAUGGGAACAUGAAAUUGUUGAAAAUAUCUGCGAAAGCAUGGAGAAGUGGACCGGCGACAAAGAUAAAGAUACAGAGGACCAGACGUAUGCUGCUGGUAUGCAAUUUGCAGCACAGCAGUUGAUGAAUGCCGCAAGAGAGAUAGCUCAGGAUCCGUUUGCUGAGAGUCCAUAUAUGGAGAAGGCGAUCGAUGAGGGCUUAUCCAUCGAAGGAGGAAAGCUUGACGACAUCAGUGUCGUAGCCGCACAGUGUAAACGGCGCAAAGGAUGAAACGGCGUAACGAGAUUCUAACGACCGAAAACCUGCAACGAACGACAGACUAAACCACACGCCGAUUGGUAGUAAAAGCAUC